AUGCUUCCCGGCUGUCGGGAGGCGGAGCCCAGGGCUGCGGCUGCACAGCUUCGGCGCCUCCUGAUUGGCUCAUCGCAUAUUCGCUUCCGGGUGAGAGGUUGCCCGGUUGCCCAAGCAACCGAGUCGCUCUGGGAGCUGUGUGGGCUAGCGCUUUGCUCCCUCCAUACCGCAGAGCUGGCGGCCCAAGGGGAAUCGCAGAGUCCAGAAAGUUUCUCCGACCUCUCUCCAGCAACAACUUCAGAAGUGUACAAGAUAAAUUUUAUAUUUCCCAAUGGAGACAAGUAUGAUGGUGAAUGUAUACGAACAUCUUCUGGAAUUUAUGAGAGAAAUGGAAUAGGUAUUCAUACCACUCCUAAUGGGAUUGUCUACACAGGAAACUGGAAAGAUGACAAGAUGAAUGGUUUUGGAAAACUUGAGCAUUUUUCAGGAGCAGUAUAUGAAGGACAAUUUAAGGACAAUAUGUUUCAUGGAUUAGGAACUUACACAUUCCCAACUGGGGCAAAGUACACUGGAAAUUUCAAUGAAAAUAGGGUGGAAGGUGAAGGGGAAUAUAUCGAUAUCUAUGGACUAGAAUGGAGUGGUAACUUCCAUUUCACAGCUGCUCCAGGCCUGAGACUAAAGUUCCAAAUGUAGAUGUUUUGCACUGAAGUUUAAAUGUGGCAGUUGAAGCCUUUAGUUGUAAGCAGGGCAGCUAAAGUUGUUAUCUGAAAUGACUUCAUACAUAACCUUCACAAAAUUUCCAAUAAAACUAUCACUCACUUA